AACUAUUUUUAAUCGGUACUUUUAAUGUACAUCCAUGUAUGUUAUCCAUUGAUACGUGCAACUAUUUUUAAUCGGUACUUUUAAUAUACAUCCAUGUAUGUUAUCCAUUGAUAUGUGCAACUAAUUUAAUCGGUACUUUUAAUAUACAUGCAUGUAUGUUAUCCAUUGAUACGUGUAACUAAUUUAAUCGGUACUUUUAAUAGUAAGUGUGAUCUUCUACAGAUAAAAACAAGAAUACACAGUAGCCUAUGUGUAUUUUCAGCUAAUUCGGCAGCAGCAGGAGCAGGAAUUAUUUUUUUUCUUGCCUUCAUUCCUUACUUCUUCAUCCAACCCCGAUAUAAUGAGUUGACUUUCACCGAGAAACUGACCACAUGCUUGCUCUCCAAUACUGCCCUGGCUCUUAGUUCCAUCCAGUUGGCGAUGUGGGAAGGAACUGGUGCUGGUGCUCGAUGGGACAAUAUUUCAACCUCGGCAUCUCCCGAUGAUCCACUCACACUCCAGCUAAUUUUCCUAAUGUUCCUCCUUGAUGCUGUUUUAUACACAGUACUCGCACUGUACAUUGAAGCUGUUUUUCCUGGAGAAUACGGGGUUCCUCAACCUUGGUAUUUCCCGUUGAUGGUAAUUCUGAAUCCUUGA